CGUCGCCGGCGCGCCGUGCGGAACCUGCGGCGGCCGUUGGCCGUUGGCGCGGCUUGGGCGGUUGUCUUGGAGAAGCAAGAUGGCGGCGACGGCGGCCGCGGUGGUGGCCGAGGAGGACACUGAGCUGCGGGACCUGCUCGUGCAGACGCUGGAGAGCAGCGGGGUCUUGAACCGCAUCAAGGCAGAACUCCGAGCAGCCGUGUUUUUAGCACUCGAAGAGCAAGAAAAAGUAGAGAACAAAACUCCUUUAGUCAAUGAGAGCCUGAAAAAGUUUUUAAAUACAAAAGAUGGUCGUUUAGUGGCUAGUCUUGUUGCAGAAUUUCUUCAGUUUUUUAACCUUGACUUUACCUUGGCUGUUUUUCAACCUGAAACUAGCACAUCGCAAGGCCUUGAAGGUCGAGAAAAUUUAGCCCGAGACUUAGGUAUUAUUGAAGCAGAAGGUACUGUGGGUGGACCCUUAUUAUUAGAAGUGAUCAGACGUUGUCAACAGAAAGAAAAAGGACCAGCCAGUGGAGAAGGUGCACCAGAUCUGUCUGACGUACAUUCACCACCAAAGUCACCAGAAGGAAAAUCCAGUGCACCAAGUAAGAUACCAAGGUAUAAAGGCCAAGGUAAGAAGAAGACAGGAGCACAGAAGUCUGGUGACAAGAAGGCCAACAAUGAGGUCGGUCAGAGUGACACAAGUAUUUCUUCAUCGGAACCAAAGAACAAAAGUGGUCUUCACUUAUUGGCCCACGAAACAAAAAUUGGCUCUUUUCUAAGCAACAAAACGUUAGAUGUCACUGAUAAAGCUGACCCUUGUCCAGAUGAAGAUGAUAUUGACGGAGAUUCAUUCUUUGAUGAUCCCAUUCCCAAACCAGAAAAAACUUAUGGUUGGAGAAAUGAGCCUAGGAAGCAAAUGGGGAGCCUGGCCUCGCUCUCAGAUGCACCCCCCUUAAGGAGUGGACUCACCUCCUUGGCAGGAGCCCCCUCAUUAAAAGACUCUGAGAGUAAAAGGGCAAACACAGUUUUGAAAGAUCUGAAACUGGUCAAUGAUAAAAUUGGAUCACUUGGAUUAGGGACUGGAGAAGAAGAUGACUACAUUGAUGAUUUUAAUAGUACUAGCCAUCGUUCAGAAAAAAGUGAAAUAAGCAUCGGAGAAGAGAUUGAAGAAGACCUUUCUGUGGACAUAGAUGACAUCAAUACCAGUGAUAAACUUGAUGACCUCACCCAAGACCUGACUGUGUCCCAGCUCAGUGACGUUGCAGAUUACCUGGAGGAUGUUGCGUAGACAGGAAGGAGGAAGGAUUCUUACCUGAGUGACAAAGGACUGCUUGGUUCCAUUUUUCCCCCCAGACAAUCACUGUUUGCUAGAACGUCUGCUCCCUAUUGGUGCCUUGCAUUUCAAAAAGACUGUGGAAAUUUUUAAGAAUUAACUUUUCAUUUUACUAACCAAAAUACUUCCUAUUUGAGCCCAUGUGCGGAAGAGUUAAUAUUCUUAAUUUGGUUUAGGUAUAUAUUUCUUUAUGAAAUUGAUUAUGCUCAAGUUCAUUACAGGGAGGGAACCCUGAAAGCAUCAGUGUUAAGACUGCGACAGAAAGUGUCAGUAAACCCAGAGGUUUGC